GAGAGAGAGGGUGGUCCGUGGAAGUGUGUGUGGGUGUUGGGUGGACCCCCAGAAUGUGGGGGGCUGAGGGCAGAUUCCUAGAGCAGAGACCAGGGUGUGCUAAGUCUAAGCAGAAUGGGCAGGGAUGCCUCCAGCUGGGCUUUGAGGGUCUCAGUCUUCCCUCAAAUAGGAAAGAUGAGGAGCAGGGGAGGAUAUUGGGGACAAGCCUCUGCUCAGCCUUGGGUCCUCUUGGAACUGGGCUUGGAGCCGGAGGUGGGGAGGGUGCCCAAGCUGAGCUCCUGGAUUCCCAUCUGCCGAACUGCACCCAGAACCAGGAGUGGGGCGUGGGCCCACCCUCUGGCCAGGAUCCUGGGCUCCCUUGGCCACAAAGCAGGACAGAGGACCAGAGAUCCCCCAACUCAGGAGACGUGAAGCUGGCAGCUGGGCCGCUGGCCUAGAAAUGGCCUCAAAUGGAAGCUGCCACCCGAUCCUGGUGGAGGCUUUGGAGCUAGGCUAGAGAUCAGUACUCCAGGGUUCAGUGCGCACGUGCUGCCCACGCACUAGGGCCGAAGCAAUGCGGGUGCUGGCGACCGACGCAAGGAGGUGACGCGCAGGGGACUUAAGGAGCGAACCGCCGCGGGAGGACGCGCCCAGGUCAGAGGGACUCCCUUUGCGCCCCCCACGCUGGGUCUCUGGCCCACGCGUGGCCCGGCUGGUCUGCGGAGCAGGCGCCAGGGCCGCCAGAGGGCGCCUGGGGCAGAGGAGGGGGCGGGAGCCGGGGAAGCCCGGGAGGUGGUGGCCGAGUAGGCACCGCCCCUCUGGGUCUGCGGCUCAGGUCGAAGGGUCCGCUGCGUGGGCCGGGGAAUCCGGAUUCCGGGAGUUCAACGCCCAGGGGUUCCAUGAGCCCCUACUGUUCUCGGACGCCCGGCUGGCCCGGACGCACUCGUCCCAGCACCCCUCCCCCGUCCCCGUCCCCGUCCUCCCGCCCCUCCCCCGUCGCCCCUCCGGGGUCCAGCCGGGCUGGGCUGCUCCAGGGUCGCGGCUGGCGCGGGUCCCCGGGCCCUGGCCCUCCGGUGCCCCAGGCCAAGGACAGAAAACUUGAGCAUCCACGCGCAGGGGUGGGGAGGGGGAUCCCACUCUGGGGGUGCACUGCCCCGCCCUCUCCGGGUCUGCCUCGGCCCCGCCCGGGCCCCAGGCCCCGCCCCCUCCCCUCUGCUGGCCGGAGAGCCCCGGGGGCCGCCGCAGCCGCCCGAGCGCCCGCCAUGCGCGCUGCCCCUGCCGCGCCGCUGCUCCAGCUGCUGCUCCUGCUGGGGCCGUGGCUGGAGGCUGCGGGCGUUGUGGAGUCGCCGCUGCCCGCUGUGGUCCUUGCCAUCCUGGCCCGCAAUGCUGAACACUCGCUGCCCCACUACCUGGGCGCCCUGGAGCGGCUGGACUACCCCCGGGCCAGGAUGGCCCUCUGCCUUCAGGGCCCAGCUCAACCCCGGUGGGACCUGUGGUUGGCUGGAUUUGAAGAGGAGCAGACAGGAACCUCUGAAGUCCACUGGGGUCCAACGUGGCAGGGAUCGACCAGGCUGGAGGCUUCCGUGCACAGGUGUGCCACGGAUCACAAUGUGGACAACACCACAGAGAUGCUGCAGGAGUGGCUGGCGGCUGUGGGCGAUGACUAUGCUGCUGUGGUCUGGAGGCCUGAGGGCGAGCCCAGGUUCUACCCAGAUGAAGAGGGUCCCAAGCACUGGACCAAAGAAAGGCACCAGUUUCUGAUGGAGCUGAAGCAGGAAGCCCUCACCUUUGCCAGGGACUGGGGGGCCGACUAUAUCCUGUUUGCAGACACAGACAACAUUCUGACCAACAAUCAGACUCUGCGGCUUCUCAUGGGGCAGGAGCUUCCUGUGGUGGCCCCAAUGCUGGACUCCCAGACCUACUACUCCAACUUCUGGUGUGGGAUCACCCCCCAGGGCUACUACCGCCGCACAGCCGAGUACUUCCCCACCAAGAACCGCCAGCGCCGGGGCUGCUUCCGUGUCCCCAUGGUCCACUCCACCUUCCUUGUAUCCCUGCGGGCUGAAGGGGCAGACCAGCUUGCUUUCUACCCGCCACAUCCCAACUACACUUGGCCUUUUGAUGACAUCAUCGUCUUUGCCUAUGCCUGCCAGGCUGCUGGGGUCUCGGUCCACGUGUGCAAUGAGCACCGUUAUGGGUACAUGAAUGUGCCGGUGAAAUCCCACCAGGGGCUGGAAGACGAGAGGGUCAACUUCAUCCACCUGAUCUUAGAAGCACUAGUGGACGGCCCCCGCAUGCAGGCCUCAGCUCAUGUGACUCGGCCCUCUAAGAGGCCCAGCAAGAUAGGGUUUGACGAGGUCUUUGUCAUCAGCCUGGCUCGCAGGCCUGACCGUCGGGAACGCAUGCUCACCUCGCUCUGGGAGAUGGAGAUCUCUGGGCAGGUGGUGGACGCUGUGGACGGCCGGAUGCUCAACAGCAGUGCCAUCAGGAACCUCGGCGUAGACCUGCUCCCGGGCUACCAGGACCCUUACUCGGGCCGCACUCUGACCAAGGGCGAGGUGGGCUGCUUCCUCAGCCAUCACUCCAUCUGGGAAGAGGUGGUUGCCAGGGGCCUGGCCCGGGUCCUGGUGUUUGAGGAUGACGUGCGCUUUGAGAGCAACUUCAGGGGGCGGCUGGAGCGGCUGAUGGAGGAUGUGGAGGCAGAGAAACUGUCCUGGGACCUGAUCUACCUCGGACGGAAGCAGGUGAACCCGGAGAAGGAGGUGGCCGUGGAGGGGCUGCCCGGCCUGGUGGUGGCCGGGUACUCCUACUGGACGCUGGCCUACGCCCUGAGCCUGGCGGGCGCCCGCAAGCUGCUGGCCUCACAGCCUCUGCGCCGCAUGCUGCCCGUGGACGAGUUCCUGCCCAUCAUGUUCGACCAGCACCCCAAUGAGCAGUACAAGGCACACUUCUGGCCACGGGACCUGGUGGCCUUCUCCGCCCAGCCCCUCCUCGCUGCCCCUACCCACUAUGCCGGGGACGCUGAGUGGCUCAGUGACACGGAGACAUCCUCUCCAUGGGAUGAUGACAGUGGCCGCCUCAUCAGCUGGAGCGGCUCCCAAAAGACCCUGCGCAGCCCCCGCCUGGACCUGACUGGCAGCAGCGGGCACAGCCUCCAACCCCAGCCCCGAGAUGAGCUCUAGGUCCAGGUGAUGACUGCAAAGCAGUGUCCAGGAUUAGGCCACUACUGCCCAGAGAGCAGAGGAGGAGGUUGUUGGCAGGGACUGCAGAUCCAGUCAGACCUGGCCACCACCUUGGGCAUGGCUACUCUGCCCUCUGGACCUGUCUUUCAUCGGGAGAAACCACUCAGAGAUGAAUCCCAUUCCCUAAAAGUCUCACAGCAAAGGAGCAGGACUCCCAGGCCCCUGGACCCUGCCUGGCCUGAUUCAGGGCCUGGUGGCCCCCAGCCUUCUGUUUCAAGCUGGGCAGACCCCAGGAGCCCUUCCCUCCGUAAGGACUCAGCUGAGGGGCCCCUCUGCCCCCUUCUACCUCCACCUCAGCACCCUCCCCCAGCUUGAUGUUUGGGUCUCCCCAGCACCCUCCUCCCUGGCCAGUGCAAAGUACAGGGAGGUAAAGGAGGACCCUUGCAGACCUGUUGCCCAGCACACAGUAGGCCCUCAAUAAAAGCCAUUUGCACUUUAAA